UAGCACGUUGGGGACUUAACAGAAAAUCUGUAUUUUUUUUCAACAAACAAUGUCUAUCACCGAACUUCCAGCAACCGGAGAUGAAGGACCAAGACAACUCGCAAUCGAAGAAGAAGAAGAUGAGGACAUUGAUGAAACCCUUACAGAGAGGUUGAUAGGUCUGACUGAAAUGUUUCCUGAAAAUGUGCGAACUGCAUGUGGUAAUGCAGCUACAUUUGCUGUUGCUGCCUCCAAGGCUAGUUAUGGCUUCACUCGCAGUGCACUGUGGGUAGUAGCAUCAGCAGCUACCAUCCUUACAUUGCCUGUAGUGUUUGAGUCAGAGCGAGCUCAGCAGCAAGAGAUGCAACGUGAACAGGAGAGACAGAUACUUCUUGGCCCCAAUGCUGCCAUGGCUGCCUCUGGUGCAAAUCUUUAUCCAGGAAUGAUGCCUCAGAUGUCUCCCCCUCCUGGAGCUUCCUAGGAUCCCUGCUGUCCCACAAAGUCAACAAGUUGAUGGAGUAGCAAGUUUGUUACAGGCUGGAUUGAUGAUCAAUAGCAAUUUUUUCUCUUUUUAAUAUAAAAGUCUCUUUUUCUUGUCUAUCAGUGUUUUGAUUAAUAAAUAUCUACAGUUUUUGGUAAUUCUUUAGAUAUUGUGACAUUGUCCUAUAAAUAUGAAAUAAUAACUUAGACUGAAAUAGCUGUCGCCAUAUUGAUGGGUUUUAUGAAGGACUUUUUAAAGACCAUUAGAACUUGUGUAGUUUUCUUUUGUCGCUAAUACAUGUGUAAUUCAUUUGUGGCUAUCAAUUUCAUAAAAUUUUAGAUAGUUGAUCUUGAAAAAAAUCAUGUAUUGUGGUAAAUGUUUUGAUAUGAAUCAAAUUAUAUCUGUAUGCUUCCGUGAGAGAUAUUGACAAUGACAAAUUCAUCUAUAUUAUGUGUAUGUGUCUAAGUUAUUGCUUCAUAUUUUUUCUUAUUAUAAAAAUUACUGGUAAUUAUUCUUCAACUUAUCCUGAUGGAAUAUGUAAACUGAUUUCUUUUUCAUCUUUACUUUUGAUGUAUAGAGGGGACAUGUGUUUAGUGAUAUGUCAUUUUUACUUAUGGUUAUAUAUACUUCUGUAAAAGACAAAGAUGUUUUACCAGUCAUGUUAAAUCCUUGACAAGUAUUUCCACGCUAGAAAUUAGACAUGAAAUAGAAAUCAGUAGCAGAAAAAAUAGUUUCAAUACAAGAAUUGUUAGAAAGAAGUAAAUGUUCUCCAGAUCUUCCUAUACACAUUUGUGAUAUGGGUUUAAACAUAUUUUUGUCUUUAUCUAAUUUCUGAAUGUUUAAAUUUUUCAGUCCAUCUUAUCUCUUUAACAUCAUAUUAAUCAAAUGUGUAGAACUGAUCUUUUAAAUAUUUUGUGGUCAGUUAUAUUCAUAUUUUUAAAAUUUAGAUUUUUCAGAUGCUAUGUUUUUUGCUUAGAUUUUGGCUGUACAAAUCAUAGCUUACACUACUUCACAUGGCAUACCCAGUAUUUGUAAAAUCUAAAGUUGGCACAUUACCUUUUAAAAAAUGUGAUAAAGUCAGGUUAAUCUAGUUGUCAUCAUGAUCUUAAGUGAUUUGAGACUUUAAGUACAGGUCAGCUGACCUGUGGCUACUCCUCUUGCAGUUCACUCUGUUUUUAAAAUUCUGCAGUAUAGUGUUCAGCAGGUAAUACAUAACUCUCAUAAAGGUCAACAGAUAUGAUCUGGAUAUUACAAUUCUUCAUUAUCUCCUGAGAGUUCACAUCACUUUAUAGUUGUAAGACAGUUUGCUGUAGGAUGUGACAAAAGAAUAAACACAUAUUGGCAGUUCUCUGAGUCAAUAAUGUGCAGGCCUCAAGUCUGUAUAGUUUUUCUUCUUUUUUUUUUUAAAUAAGCAUGUUCAAUUAGAUAAGAAGUCUAUCUUAAGACUGGGACCAAAAAUGGGAGACUGAUCUAGUAGACAAAGUAAAAGUUGUCGAUAUGUACACUGCCACAGCACUGGCCUCUGAGGGGGAGGUGCUAGACAAAAUUAUUUUGUUGUCGUUGCUUGUUAAGCCAGCCUAUGUUAAUGAUAGAAUGUUGGUACAUUAUUUGCAUGUUACUGUGUGAAUGGUGUUAUGAUUUUUGUAUGUGUGUUUAUUCCAUGAGUGUUUUAAUAAAUCUUUAAACUUUGAAA